AUGAGAGGGAAGAGUGAAGAGUGGAGAGUGAAGAAUGGAGAGCGGAGCCCACCUACGCUAAAAGCUUCGGUGGACGAGGAAAGAGAGUGGAGAGUGAAGAAUGAAGAGGGGAAUCUCGUUUUAUCAGAGGUGCACACUGAUGCGCCAAUGGGUGAGGGUGCCAGGUGGCUAACCGUCACGCCACCCGAUCAGCCAGACCUCGAAAUCACCUUAUUUCUCGUAGCCGAAGGACCAAUGUUUGACAAGGAUACCGCUGAAACAAUGAAGGCACUGGUCAGAAAAGGAACAUUUGGUGCCGCAGUAUUCACCUGUAAAGACAUACUCGCUACGUACGAGGAAUUAAAAGCAAAAGGUGUCGAAUUUAAGAAACCGCCAACGAAAGAGUUUUAUGGGUAUGAAGCGUUGUUCAAAGACGAUUCCGGUAACUGGUUUUCACUGGCACAGAUAAACUCCUGA